GCGCGAAGAGCGGCCGAGAGACGGCGGUUCCGCUCGCGCGCGCCUCGUCGCGCUUUGUCCGUUCUCGCUCCUCGGGGCGCUUGGCGCCGCUCGUCCUCGGGGUCCCCUCGCUUCCGACGUCGCGGAUACACCAGCGUGUUGGCGCGACCGGGCCCGACGACGCCACGUCCCUGACGUAUCUCCCUCUCGUUAUAACCUCUCUCGUUACACAAACGCUAUAACCUAUAUAAUUAUAACCUUAGAGCUGGGACGUCAACAGACACACGAUCGGCGACGCAACCAAGACGAUUCGUCAGCCGAGUUCGAGCCAAGUUCAUUCCGAUUAUCGUUUGUCGCGUGGUUUACACGAAAAGGGAGGGGGAAGGGCUUUUGGCCGAGAAUUAUUCGUGUGUUGCUCGGGAGUCGGAUCGUCCUUCCGGGAACAUCGUGUCAAGUGUUCGAGGAUCGCGAUUUCUCGACGGAGGCGAGCCUCUUCUUAUGAUGUAAUCUUAAAUCCGCGGAGAAUCAUCCUGCUGCGCGUUGCGUCUCGAGACCAAAUCGACGAUUUUGCGAUAAGAACGUAUACAAUUGUACGCAAACGUCGAGUAAUAAAUCAUUGUCCGUUGUGUAAAACUCGUGGGAUGCGACCUGUGUAACAGUGAUUUCAGUGAUCAAAUAGAGGAUCAAACAAAAUGGACGUCGCCGGGGAUCUAAAUUUGCAAUGGGUGGGAGAUGUGGAGCUUCACGAAGAAGUGAUAUGCGGCCUUGAAGCACAAUUGGUCGCUUCAGAGGAGGAGGUAAUAGGCGCUUGCGAGGAAGUUGCAGUGGAGGAAACCGUUGAAUCUGUUCCUGAUGUAGCGUCUGCAACAGAGUCUGAGAUAUUGAUGGUACCUCAGACCACCGAUAUGGAAUCUAUCUAUAUUGUACCACAAGAUCAGGGUCACGAUUAUCUGAAUAUACAGGUGACAGAAGAAGUAAUAGCCGAUAAUUGGGAUAGACCUGGUCCAGAUGAUGGGGUCGAGAUUCCAGAAACAAAGGUGACGCAUGACAAUUUGCUGGAGUAUGACGACAUGGAGAUACCGUUGCCGAUCGAUCAAGACUCGUACCAGAACGCCCGACCAUAUCCAUGUGACUUCUGCAGCCGUAGGUUCCGCAAAAAGGCGAAUCUGAUGAAUCAUAUGGUGGCGCAUCAGACAGAUCGGCCACAUGGUUGUAACUUAUGCGGAGCACGUUAUGUACGCAAGUGCGACUUAAAUAAUCACUUGAAGACCCACGCGUAUCCGCCGUCACGGGACGGUCUGGAGGACGAGUUGAACGACGAAGACUCUCUACAAGCCGAAGAGGAGGACUCGACAACAGGUGGCACCAAGGGUAGACGCAAGAAGGUGCAAUCGAGCGCGCCACGCAAGCGGAAGAGCAAUACUGCGGUUGGUCUGCCGAAGCGCAACAACAUCGAAAAUAACAUCAAGAUGGAGAUGGGCAAGUAUGUGUAUAAACCGUACGAUAACUACGAGGACACGCUUUCGCUACUUGAAGACGACCUGAUCGACCCGAUUGAUUUUGCCCGCAGCGGCAAUUACGCGUCCAGUUCGAGGUGGCAAAUGGACGAGAUGUCUGUCGAGCAACAAUCACCGCAGUGGCCUGUUACUGAUCCGACCAAACCCUACGUCUGUCAGUUCUGUGGUAUCGGCUUUGCUAGAGAAAAGGCUUUAGCUUCACAUGCGCGGAUUCAUGGUGGUGACAGCCCACUCGAAUGCACCUGCGGCGAGAUGUGCUGGGAUGUCCGCAGUCUGCGGGAUCAUAUGCGCGACAAACAUGGCGGUACUAUUCCCCAGCAGGUAUCUGACACGGAGGAAUAUGAUAACGAUACCACUUACACUGGCGAUACGAGAGAGUUUGGCGAGUUUUAUUGCAACACCUGUGGGGUACUGUUUCAUCGUCUGGAUCUGCUCAAACGCCAUCAAAAAGCUCAUAUCAAGCAAGAAGUGGACACAAUGGAGGGUUCCAGUCAGCAUCAUGCAUGCAAUGUUUGCGGAGAAUUGUUCGAGGAGGCAUUAGCAUUAUUAGCACAUGCAGAAUUUCAUGCUUCGAGAUCUCCUAGUCGCCGUUGUCUAUUGUGCGGGGCGAGAUGCCGCGAUGAAGCUGAAGUUGCGGAACACGUACAACAGAAUCACGCCGAGGACGCGCCACCGAAUACGUGUACGCUUUGCGGCAAAACAUGCAAGGAUAAACGAAGCUUAUUGAAACAUUCGUGGGUGCAUAAUGUCGAUAAGACCUUUAGUUGUACAAAGUGUGCGAAACGCUUUCACAGUAAAGCCAGAUUGCGAAGACAUAUGGUAUCUCAUCGUAAUAAAAUGGUAGCUUGUGAUGAAUGUGGCGAAGAAUUCCCCGAUGGAAGGGCUCUUGUUAGUCACCGUCAUUCACAUAAUAAGGAGUUGGGUGGUCGCUCGUUCCCAUGUCGCGAAUGCGGUAAAACUUUUGGAAGUCGCAGUUCGCAACAGAUCCACAUACGUAUCCAUACGGGUGAGAGACCCUAUGGCUGUCGGUUUUGUUGGAAAGCCUUUGCUGAUGGCGGUACGUUGAGAAAACACGAGCGCAUUCACACCGGCGAGAAACCAUAUGAAUGUGCAAUCUGUUCUCGGGCUUUCAAUCAAAGAGUGGUUCUUCGAGAACACGUGCGCGCUCAUCAUUCCGGGCCGGAUCCAAAAUGCGUGGGCAGUGUGACGCCGUUUUUAUGCAAAGUAUGCGGUUUGUCAUUCGGCACAUCUGAAGAAAUAGUGGCACACAUAGUACAGCACUGCGACGAUAAUACUGCGUUGAGUCGUCAGCCGCAAACCGGACCGCGCAAGUACAAGAGGAGACGCAAGUUGAAGCCACACGAGACGAAUACAGUGGUACGUAAGAAUGAGUUUUCGUACGACAUGAUGGAAAGUGGCACUGGCGGUAGUGGCAGUGUUGGCGGCGGCGGCGGCGGUGGCGGUGGUGGCGGCGGUUCCGACUCGGAGGACAACACGAAGCGAAAACUUGGCAAGAAAAAUAAACAACGGUCAAAUGUCCAGGAAGGUUACCAGAAUGUACUGAAGAGUUUUGAGAGUUCGCUGCAGAACAUAAACUCAAUCGUGAGCAAUUCCAAAUUAAACGCGUCUAAGUCGAAACUUUCGAAGAAGAAACUUCGCAAAGAGGAGAAGAAAGAGACGCAAUCCUCGAACCAAUCGGGCCGACCGAAGAUGAUACACACGCAAAAAACGCGAGUACCGGUAGAAGUGGGUAGCGAUGGCGCGAAGAAGGGUCAGAAAACGAAGACGAUGGUAACACGGACGCCGAAGGUGAUGCCAAACGAGCACAAGUCUGGUAUUUUCCCCGGUGGUGAGAGGAAUCGACCACGUACCAAAAAUGUCAGUUACCACAUUGAAGGUAAACUGCAGGUUACACCGGCUAUGUUCUCGAAACCGGCAAAGGAGGAUGUGCCAACGCAGCAACAACAACAACAAUUAAUGGUGAAUAUUAAACAAGAGCCAGGCGUACCAAAGUCCUCGCCUACCGGCGACAAUCGCAGGAAUAAUAACGGCAAUAUUCUCACACUUGGUAAGGGUCAGGAAUCGACCAAAAAGAGAUCAACUACCCUGAAAAGAUCCAAGAGGCAAAAGACGAUAGUAAAGCAGGAAUUGGAUAUAAUACUUGAACCGGAAGUGGAAGAGCAGCAGCAACACUUGCAACUACAGAACAAUAAUAAUAAUAAUAAUAACUUGGAGAACAGCGGUGAUCCAGUGCGACUGAUGGAGCACACGGUGGACGGUAGCAAUCUGGAAGUCGCCUUUGAGGCGAGUGUUGUCACCGCUCAGGAAGAGGGGGAGAGCAUAUUGCCGCAUGACGUGUCUGAGGACAUGGACAACAUAGAUAACAACGUUAAACUUAGUGUGAAGGUGGAAUCGGCACCGCAGACGAGGAUGCUCGCUGUACAUAGUGUGAUUACGCCGGUGGACGAUGUCCCGGAAACAAUAAUACCAGACGCAGUAGAGUAUACGUGCGAAAUGUGCGCCGCGGUGUUUUCCAGCCGUGCUGAGUUAUUGGUGCACGUACCGAUACACAUUUGAUUUAAUAAUUUAUCCGAGCCGGAAAGCGGCGCGGAAGUUUGUUCUACUUCUUUAAGCAUACUAGUUUAAUCAAAUCGAAUAUUUCUUCACAGUCGAUGAGGUUUGUUGUUUCGUAGGAGACGACGGUUGUUGAUCCUCUCCUAUAUCACCAUUAUCCUCGAUCGCGCAUUAUCAUUUCCUUUUCCCAAUCAUUCUAUUCUCCUCACUCUUUAUUCUGCCAAGCGUCAUGAUUCAAACAUAUAUAUAUAUACUUAUCGUUCUAUCGAAUGUACUCGAAUUUUCAUGUUUCGCGCAUUGGAAGAUUUAUUGGUCAUUGUUUGAUUCGCUUAUCAUUAUUUAUGAUGUGUUUCUCUUGUAUUAUAUAUUUUUCGUGAAUAUUCAAGAGUUUCAAUUUUGAAGUUUGAGUGGAUACUUGAUUAUAUCAAACUAUAGAUGAAAUGGACAUAAGGUGUGUAUAUGAUACCAUGAAAUGCUAUAUUAUAUUAUAUAUCAUGA